AUGCCUUCAGGCAGACGAUUCGUCCUCGGCUUUGCCGAAACACUUUUCCACUCAAAACGAUUCCACCUCGCAAUCUCUUCACGGCUGGACGUCUCGGCGCUCGAGGCUGGCCUCGUCCAGUCGGCCAGAUCCAUUAGACCUAAACUUCACUACAUCCUAAGCUACCCAUUGUUUACUCUGUUGAGAGCCACUACAUACCUCGCUUCCGUUGUCAUCCGCUCUUCUAACCGAUACAUCACUCAAUCCCUCUUCGCCGCCGUCUGCUUCAACUCCCGCUCUGAUCACCUUGCUUUUGGACCCUGCCCCCUGAGAAGCCCUGUUCUCAGCUUGCGGACAGAGGUCCUUCUCGAGUCCGAAGGGACUCCCUUCACCAGUCACCCUUCUCCCGAAGCACUUCUUCUUGACCACCUCUUCCAGAAUCUUCCGUCGCAGCUGAACCUAAUGGCGACGAGGCUUCCUGUCAGCUCGAUUGGCUACAGUGAUGCAAAAUCCCCGGUAGCGUCAGGCCGCUCUGUAAUGAUUCUGCUAUCGAUCCAAUUGGAUAAGGAGAUGAGUGGAAGGGAGUGGAGCGCAAGGGGAAAAGAGAACUUCUGGCGUAUCGUCGCUAGACUCGACUUGCCACCAACUGGCAAAAGGCUCUUCAUCCGAGACGCCUUUACUGGUGUUAACUCUGAGUCUCCUGAGAAUCCCGAGACCUCAGAGAACAACGAUACCGCGAUGCGGGUCUAUCAAGAAGACGUGCGCUGCCAUCGAAGCGCACAUGGCAAGCGCCGCUCGACACGCCAAACCACAAGCCUCGCCAAGUCUCCGGACGAUCUGAACUCCGAUGAGGACAGAGGUCCAACUAUAGAUGGCGAGCAGAUUCGAGCAGGCCGCGCCAAGUUUGGUGAUUAUCGCCUGCUGUAA